CUAGGCUAGCUUGCUAAUAUUCAGCAUUCUAAGAAUAUCACAAUUCAUUUCACCUUUCGCUGAGCUAUAAAUUCAGCUCCUAAGCUGCUGGGAAAUCAGUACGGUUUGCUUCAGCCAUCCAAAAAGUCAUAACCAAAAUGAAUUCACUAACUGGUUUUAUGUGCUGUGCACUGCUGCUGAUUAGUCCUUUAUGCAUGGGAUAUACCGACGAAGAUCGUGAAGCCGACAGCCGUAAAGUUGCUGAAAUUAUCAGAAACUCCCAGGACGACGACUCUAAAAUCAAUAGCACACAGGAAUUACUGGAUAUCUAUAGGCGUUUAUAUCCCAGUUUGACCCUUGAGGAUCGGGAGAGUAUCGAUAAGUUCGUCAAUGAACACACGGAUGCGAUUCUAAUCGAUGGAGUUCCGAGUCAGGGAGGCCGGAAGACCAAGUACGUUGGAAAGGUUUUAUCCCCAGCUGCGAAGGGAUUUGCCAUUGGAUUCUUUGAAGAACUUGGUUCCAAAAUUGCGCAAUUGUUCACUGGAUAAUAAUUGGAAUAACUGAAUUUAAAUAAUUAUGUGAAAAAAAUAACAAAAUAUGAGCAAUAGGUUUUUAAUUUGUAUACAACUAAUAACCAAUCAUUUCAAAUAAAAUUUCAAUGAACAUUA